AUGUUGCAGACAAUUUCCAUUGAUCAAGUGAAAGAAACACUUGAUCAAUUCAAUAAAGGUCAAAAGUAUUUGUACAAUACUCUAACAACGACUGUUAGAGAAAAUCAAACGAAUGAGAUAUGGUUUAUUCAUCUGCUAGAUGAAUUACGUGAUAACGUGGAUCUCUUUGAGAAUUCGAAUGAGCAAUUUCUGGACUUUUUACAACUACAAAUUGAUUGGUCAAGACAAUCAAAAAGUGUUCUGGAUACAUUUCGAGCCUUUCAAAUAAAUCUUAUUUCAUGUAAUACUAAACAUGCACAACGUUAUCUAAGUUUUUUAUUCACCAUUUUUACUAUCCCAGAAACUACAAAUAAUUGCCUUCCACUUCAUGAUUUUGCUCAUGAAACUUUAGAACAACUUGUUGUGAUUGUUCCAUUAGCCUCAACCCUCCUAUGUCCAAUUGCUGAACAGCAUUUUCCGUUUAUGACCAAAGAAAUAACUAUUCAAAUAACUUAUGUGAAAAAUUUACUCCGAUCGUUAUCUUACUUAUCCAUUCAACGUUUACGGUUUUUCGAAAUAAUUCUCUCGAAACUACUCCGUCUCGAUGUCCACGCGUCUCGGCAGGACAUUCUUCGAGAAGAAAAAUGCAGCAUUGAAAAUGAACUCGUCUUUUCUCUUGAACAACUCGGUACAAAUGAUAAGACAAGCAAUGCAAUGAAACAUGAUCAAGCUGAUAAACUCGAUUGUCUUAUGUAUGUUAUGUUUGAAUAUAUCAACAGUGUUUGUAUUGAGAACGGAACAGUGAAUUAUGAACAAACGAAAUUGUUAGUUCGUGAUUUAUUAAGCGUAUUUAAUAAAAUUUUAUUACCAACACAUGAUUCAUCGCAUGUGCAAUUCUUACUGUUUUAUAUAUGUAGUUUUCAUACAGAUUUCAGUGAUGAAUUUAUGAAUAAUUGUUGGAAAACAUUUGUGUCACCAUCGGUGUCGAUGACAUUUCGACAAGCAUCAAUUUGUUACCUCUGCAGUUUAAUCGCUCGAGCUAAAUACAUACCAAUUAGAUCUGUAUUGAAUAUAACACAGUUAAUGAUGGAUUGGUUACAUACGUAUGUUAGCACAACAGAAACAAACAGUGGAAAUGCAAAUCCAAAUCGGCACUUACCAUUUUAUGCUAUUUGCCAAGCUGUUCUUUAUAUAUUUAUCUAUCGUCAUCAAGAAAUUGCUCGAUUACCUGACGGCAUUGAAACUGUGUUAAAAUGGCGAAUUGGACGUAUUAUAUCUUCAGAAUUAAAUCCAUUGAAAUAUUGUUUACCUGCUAUUGCAUUGAGGUUUGCUCAACUAGCAAGAAACUAUCAAAUUGUCUUUUGCUAUUCAAUCAUUGAAACAAACAAUCGCUAUUCGUUGCCGGAAACAUUUGCAACGAAUGAUUAUCAAAAUGGCAAUCUACCAUCAAAUAUUCUCUAUUCCUAUUUUCCUUUUGAUCCAUAUGUAUUGAAACGAUCAUUGGUGUUCGUACAACCAAUUUAUAAUGAUUAUCGUGAUGAAAACGAUGAAUCGAAUGUAUGUGGUAAAGAUUCUGACGAUAAUGACCGACAAGAUUUCGAUGAUUCAGAUGAUGUUUUAACUUCCAUGAUGAUGAGUACGACACCUGGUAGUUCCGACUCACUCGAUCAUCUGCCGAUCACCACGAUGUCAACAUCAUUUAAAAGUUCUCGAAAUCCUCCGUCAGUUUUACCGUUCGGUCGUUCACCUGGCUUUCGAAAUGCAAUUAACUGA